AUGACACCCAACACAGAUACACACAUGCACCACGGCACCGAGGCUGACCAAGUCCUCCCGCUACAUGGUACCCUGGAUCAGGGUAACUUCCAUAUGCCGAACAUGCCACCGGGGCCCAUGUCGAUGACAUCCUAUGUCACACCGCACCCGCACAUGCAACCCUUUCCGACCAACUAUGCCAUCGGGGCGCCGGCCAUGUGGGCUGCCGCCGGCGCCCCUCCGGCUUAUUUCCCGUACAUGAUCGACGCUGCUGGUCAACGUUGGGACGUCGCUUCUUAUUCUGAUUGCAAAGCCGAUUCUGGAGUUGAUCAGAUCAACGGAGUGGUGAUAGUGUGCGACCCGGGGUCAAAUGGGGAGGACCUCCAGGCUCCCCGGGGGAAAUACUAUUACAACGGCUGCAAGAAGCUGGGCACAGGAUCACAGAUCAACGGAAUUGAGAUUGUACAUCACGGCGGCUCCCCGGCACCAGCGGCGCCUGCUAUGCCCGGCCGCUGGGAGAAGAUGGAUAUGCUCACUGCGGAGGGCAAGGAGAUUAAGGGGGCGCCCAAGAACCAGAUUAACGGCGUUAGAGUUAGGCUGAUGAAGAGGUCGGAAAUGGGGACCACGACUUAG